AUGGGAACUGCUCAAAACGACAGUGGUCUCGAAAAACUCCAUGCAGUGGAGCUUGACUUGUGUAACAAGGACAUGAUGGCAGACACAUUUGAUCACAGCAUUAUUGCUGUUGGAGAAGAGGAAGGAGUGGGCAACUUCCAGCGGUCUCUUCCAACACGAGAGUCCCUCCGAUCCCCUCGGGGCUCUGUUGUGAGCUUCCAUAACAUCCAGUACUCCGUAAAGCAGUCCAGUGGAUUCCUGUGUAAGCGGAAAACUGUGGAAAAGAAGAUCCUUCAUAAUGUUUAUGGCAUUAUGAAGCCAGGCUUGAAUGCUAUCCUGGGGCCAACCGGGAGUGGUAAAUCAUCUCUCCUAGAUGUGCUGGCUGCCAGAAAAGACCCAGCAGGCCUGUCUGGAGAAGUGCUUAUAGAUGGCAUCCCACAACCUCCAAAUUUCAAGUGCAUCUCAGGAUAUGUUGUGCAGGAUGAUGUUGUCAUGGGCACAAUGACAGUGAGGGAGAAUCUGCACUUCUCUGCUGCCUUGCGACUUCCCAGCUCCAUCAGCAUUGAAGAGAAGGAAGAGCGAGUUGCCCAGAUAAUCAGUGAGCUGGGAUUAAGCAAAGUGGCUGAUGCUAAGGUAGGAACCGAAUUGAUCCGGGGAGUGUCCGGAGGGGAACGGAAGAGAACCAACAUUGGGAUGGAGCUCAUCACAGAGCCACCAGUCCUUUUUCUUGAUGAGCCAACAACUGGCCUUGAUGCCAGCACAGCCAAUGCAGUCCUCAUCCUCUUGAAGAAGCUCUCAAGAAGAGGGCGAACUAUCAUCUUCUCCAUCCACCAGCCCCGCUAUUCCAUAUUCAAGCUGUUUGACAGUCUGACAUUACUGGCUUUGGGAAAGGUGUUGUACCAUGGUCCUGCAAAGCAGGCUCUGGAGUACUUCAGUUCUAUUGGAUAUGAAUGUGAACCCUUCAACAAUCCAGCUGACUUCUUCCUUGAUAUCAUAAAUGGUGAUUCAACUGCUGUGGCAGCAAGCAAAGAAGAUCACGGACCUGUGGACACAGGAAAAG